UAGUCCUGUGGUCCCGUCGUGGCUUGCCGAAAAGUAUCGGUGGAGAAGAAGACCGACUGGUUUAUCGCCCUUGCUCUAGACUCUAGUUCCCUCUCUGGAUCAAAUUAGGGCUCCGGGGAAGAGAUCGAAGAAUUAUUCAAGAGACGAAAACCAUACUCUUACUGACGUCUGUAUUUGAAUAAUUCAGGAAUGGAUCAGAUAUUGAACAAGGUGGGUUCAUACUGGAUUGGCCAGAGAGCGAACAAGGAGAUCAAUUCUGUCGGCGAUGAUAUCAAUUCACUGUCAACCAGUAUUGAAGGAGGAGCCAAAUGGUUGGUUAACAAAAUUAAAGGAAAGAUGCAGAAACCAUUGACAGAACUGCUAAAGGAGUAUGAUUUGCCUGUCGGUAUUUUUCCUCGUGAUGCCACGAAUUACGAGUUUAAUGAAGAGACGAGAAAGCUCACUGUCUACAUACCAUCCAUUUGCGAAGUGGGUUACAAGGAUUCAUCUGUUUUGCGCUUUGCUACCACCGUGACAGGAUAUCUUGAGAAAGGAAAGCUAGCUGACAUUGAGGGAAUGAAAACAAAGGUGAUGAUUUGGGUGAAAGUGACUGCCAUUUCCUCUGAAAAAUCGAAGCUCCACUUCUCGGCUGGGAUGAAGAAAACCAGGAACAGAGAUGCUUACGAGGUUAACAGAAGUGCAGUCAAUGUGGAUAAGUUUUAGAGUGGUGAAAUGAAUGUAUGGUGUAAUGCCUUCGUAAGGGCUCACUAUUUGUGCUACCCUGUCUAUCUAUGCUUUAUUUUCAACUCUUGAAAUUACGAUUUCAAAUGAUUAUGGAAAUAUGAAUGGCGUAUAUCUUUUCUUCUUCUUGUA